AUGGGGAUAUUUCGAAUAAUUCGAAAUCGACCACCAAGUGUAUUGACAUUAUCUGUCACUAUUUUAUGUGGUUAGUUUUAAAACUAAUCCAUUUUUAUAAAUUUCUAUUUUUGUUAUAUGACUUUUUCUUCAGAAAAACACGAACCUCCAAGAUUUAUUGGACUCGGAAAGCCAGAAGAGAAAAGAAGUCGAAGAACAAAGAAAAAUGAUUGUGAGUGAGAGAAACAACUUUUUUUCAGCGAAACUUUUUUUUUUCAGCAAAACCGAAAUACAGAAAAAUCGAAUUCAAAGAAUCUUCACUGAAUAUGUUUAUUGAAAUGGAGAAGAAAAAUGUAGGCGAAUUUGUUUGGGAUCAAAAUUGUACGAGAAUCGAUGCAUUAAUAGCUACAAUUGUAGAAUUAGAUAGAACAACAACACCUGAAAUUCCAAUUGAAAUCGAUAUUUUAUAA